AGAAUACAAAACUCUGCCAAAUCAAGACCUGAAUCUUCUCAUAAACACCAAACUCCUUCACCAUGAUCUCGUUUAGUCCUCGCGUGCUGAUGCUCAGUGCCAUGUCAUCAGCCACAGUCCUGGCACAAUCCAACAGCACUGCAGACAAUACCACAAUGGUAGGAUGGGUAUCACCUGCACCUCGGCGAAGCACCUGGAGUAUUAUCUGGAGCUGUCUAUCAAUCUUCAUAGUCUGUUCCUGGAAAUGCGUCCAUCUCAACAUCCCGACCCAUCAAGAGAUCAAGGGUGAGUGGCAUACGAUGCAAAUCUGCAAAGGCGUUCCUGAUAUUUCGUUCUGGCCUAAAUCACCUCUGCGCCGAAAAUGGAGACGCAAGAUUCUGUGGAUGACGUUUAUUGCGGUUGCUCCUGAGUUUGGAGUCGCUAUGGCUGCGAUGCAGUAUAUGGAGGCGCGGCGACAAUUGGCUUCUUUUACAAGAGCUUUUCCUGGUGAGAUUGCACAGAAGUAUACAAUGGCGCACGCAUUUUAUGUUCAAAUGGGAGGUGUUGUCAUUUACGAUGCCCCACUCGAGCAGCCUCUCACGGAGGAAGAGUCAGCUACGAGCGUUCAGUCACAUGAACGGAUGAGUACAGCUUCUAGAGACUCGGAAGAUUUGGUAUCGAGUCAUGGUGAGACCUGGCAGAUCAAAAUGGUCCAAUCUCUAUCAAAUAUCCCACCUGACAUGUUCAGAAUGCCAGAGUCAGAGAUCAGGGACCUCAGUAAAGCCGAUUUUAUUACCAAGGCAUUCGCAAUCACCCAGUGCACGUGGCUUGUUGUGCAAAGCAUAUCCCGAGGCGUACAAGGAUAUUCCAUAUCACAACUUGAGUUGGCCACGUUGGCCUUCAUCUUCUGUGCCAUUGUAAUGCACAUAUUCUGGUGGAACAAGCCAUUCGAUGUCGAAACCAGGCGAGUAGUCGCGAGAACUGCAUCGCAAGGAACAGGCAUGCCAAGUCCAAAUAUCCCAUCUAUGGAGGACUUGGUAAUGUCUGACGAAAAGCUUCUCCAGAAGAGAGUCAAGGAUCUACCUUUGGAUACCUUUCUCGCACUCAUCUACGACAUGGUAGAUUUUGAAGACUACGACAAAGACCUGACGUCCGCGUCUCAACCUUUGAGGCUGAAUCUCGCUUCCAUCGCCCUAUACCUGACAUCUACCGGAUUUCUCGCUAUUCAUCUAGCUGCUUGGAACUGGGAAUUUCCGUCGCUCGUUAUCAGAUCGCUUUGGAGAUGGUCCAAUCUCGGUGCUCUUCUUACUUCUCUAUUACCCUUGGUAUUCAACCUAUUGCAGAAAUACUUUCGUUUUCUUCCCGAGAAUGCAUUCUUUUCCUACACAAUCAUAUUGAUGGGCUUGUUGAGUUUGCUAGCUUACAUUGUGUCGAGAUUAGUGGUGCUGAUUUUGACCUUUUAUUGUCUGUCGUCAAUGCCCGAGAGUGCUUAUGACACUUUGGACUGGUUAGCGUGGGUCCCGCAUUUCUCAUAGGACCUUGACAGUCAGAUGAUAGUUAUGGGCAACGAUGGCGCAGUGGAACUCGGUAGUUAUAGAUAGACCAUCGAAUCUAUCAUAUGACGGCGUGGUUAAA